AUGGGAGACAAGACGACCAUCGCGAGGGCGAGGCAAGAGCUGGAGAAUCUUUACCUCGGAGUACCGGACGACUCCGUCGACCUCAGUUUCAAGGACCUCACCAGCUUCCAAGCCACCAUGUCGCCGAUCCACGAGGAACCGAAGGCGGCGGUGACCAAGUCGCCGAGUCUCGACUUCGCCAAGGGCCUGCGGGGAACGAAGAGCGGCAGCGACAGCGCGGCGGAGCAUGAGCUGCGCCGGGAACGCCUCGCGCGUGGCAGCUUCAUGACGAGGAACGGCAUUAGCUCUGCUGCUGUGAUGGCUGGGACCGGUCAAGCUGACGCUGUUAGUGUAGUGAGCAUGGCGAGUGCAGUGAGAGGAGAGACAGGGAGAAGAAGGCGUCCCGGCAUUCCUCACUCAAAUAUAUGUGCUCUGUGCAGCGUCUACAUCUACGUGUUCCGGCAUCGGUGCUUGGUUUGUGGAAGAGUGUAUUGCAGGGACUGUGUCGGCAUUGGGAUGGGAGACAUGUCUGAAGGAAGGAAAUGUGUGGAGUGCCUCGGAAGAAGAUUCUGCCAAAGGUACAUCAAGAGGGCAGGGCAUGCAUGGUGUUGCUGGCGAUACCCGAGCAGAGUGAAGCUCCAAGAGCUCAAGUGGGCGGAGAAGGGGCCGAGGAGGAGCGGCGAGAGGCGAUAUCGGAGCCAGGCGGUGUCGGCGGUGGGCCCGAGACUACUGCACGCGUCGAGAUCAGGAAGCCCUUCUGUGGCCGCGACGCCGAGGCCGCCAGCUGCUGCUACUCCCGGCCGCUUCGGCAUCAGCCAUGACUCCUCCGUUGUGAGCUUCAUGCGCUCACCCAGUCCUCAUGGGUUUCCCCUUUGAUGGCAGGAGAACUCAAAGCGUCAUGGAGGUUGAGGUCUCAGAUCUGUUGUUGACUCGUCUUGUGCAUCACAUUGAUUCUUUCCCGCAACAUGAUAUCGUGCAUUUGUUCUACUAAGA